ACCCAAACUAUACGAACACAUUCAAACUCAACAAUCACAUUUAAAAAACUUACAAAAAAAAUUCAAACCAGCCUAUCACACAGGUUAUGGAUGGAAGUUAGGACAAAUCCAAUCAAGAUCGAAUUAUUUUCAAUCUGUUUUUCUCAAGAGAUUUCAAACUUAGAGUAUCAUAACAGAUCAUUUGAUGAUCCUAAAUUCACUCCUAUCACUUCUAAUCAUCAAUUAUCUCAUUCGGAAUUCGGUUCGAUUAAUAUUGAUCAAAUUCAAUUCAUGUGGGAAUCAAAGUAUAGAUCUAAUGAUCAUUUUCAUGAAUUUCAAAAUGAAGAUGCUGGGGUGUUAACUUAUCUUACGGCUUAUUGGUCUUAUCUUAUUGUUUUUCUUAUCGGUCAUUUACGUGAUUUUUUUGGAAAACGAUUUUCACCUGAUUCAUAUGCACAUCUCAUGCCACAUAACGGUUAUGCAGCAUUAAAUUCAGAUUUCGGUUCAUUCUUUACCCGAAGAGUUAAAUCUAGAUUAGACGAUUGUUUCUCACGACCAGUUUCCGGUUCACCCGCACGAACGAUCACACUCUUAGAUCGAACCACUGAAGAUAACGGAAUGAGUUUUAAAUAUACUCAUACUACUACUCAAGCAUUAAACAUUUCAUCUUAUAAUUAUUUAGGAUUUGCUCAGUCUAGUGGGAUUUGUACGGAUUCGGUUGAAGAGACGAUCCGAUCGAUUGGAAUCAGUUCUGCAGGAUCUAGGGAUGAUAUUGGAGUAAACUCAAUCACUGUUCAAGCCGAGAAACUAAUCUCAAGUUUCUUAGGUACAGAAGAUUCUUUAUUGAUCAGUCAAGGUUUUGCGACCAAUUCCACAACCUUUCCUUCUUUGGUUAGUAAAGGUUCAUUAGUCAUUUCAGAUGAAUUGAAUCAUUCUUCUAUUAGGUUUGGUACAAGAUUGAGUGGUGCGAUGGUUAGAACCUAUAAACAUAAUGAUAUGGUCGAUUUGGAAAGGUUAUUGAGAGAAACGAUCUCAGAAGGUCAACCUAGAAAGAUGAGAGCUUGGAAAAAGAUUUUGGUGGUUGUUGAAGGGAUUUAUAGUAUGGAAGGUUCGAUUGUCGAUUUACCUAAUUUGUUAAGAUUGAAAGAGAAAUAUCAGUUUUACUUGUAUCUUGAUGAAGCUCAUUCCGUUGGAGCUCUCGGUCCAAGAGGAAGAGGAGUAUGUGAUUACUUUGGAAUCGAACCCAGUCGAAUCGAUAUCUUAAUGGGAACCCUAACCAAAUCAUUUGGCGCAAGUGGAGGGUACAUUGCCGGAACCCGAGCAACGAUCCAACACCUACGAAAAACCUGUCAUUCAUCAAUUUACGCUGAAAGCCUUUCACCAGCCGUGACCUCACAAAUCAUUAGUUCAUUAACUUCAAUCAUGGGAUCUAGAACUGAUCGAUUACCGACUUGUUUAACUCAACUGACACGGAAUAGAUUGAUUGAGAAUAUCUUUGAAGGAGAAUUGAGGUUGAGAAGAUUAGCGUUUAAUUCGAGGUAUUUACAUGUUGGGUUAAGGAAACUUGGGUUUAUUGUUGGGGGUGAUCAUGAUUCGCCUAUUGUACCACUCUUGGUCUUUCAACCUGGAAAAAUGUUAUUAUUUUCAAGAUUAAUGUUACAAAGGUAUCAAAUCGUAGUAGUGAUUGUAGGUUAUCCAGCCACUCCAUUGGUUUCAGGAAGAGUUAGGUUUUGUGUUUCAGGUUCACAUACUAAAGAAGAUUUAGAUAAGAUCUUGAUUGCUACAGAUGAGAUUGGUGGUGCAUUAGGUUUGAAGUUGGGUAAGGUUCAUUCUAGGUUAAGGGUUGAGGAAAUUAUUGAAAACUCUUUUGAACUGGUUGCUGGGUCUUAUAAACCUUAAUUCUUGUGUUUCAUUCAAAGAUCAUUUAUUUGGAUUAUCUUUUUUUGGUUUUGGUUUGGGGGAGUGAGCAUGGGAGUGGGAGAAGUCUUUGGAAGUUUUUAGGGAGCCUUGGAUUGAGGGUUCAUUAAUCUGGUUGUUUGACCUUUUGCUUUCUUUUUUUAACCUACUUCUUUCUUUUUUCGACCUUUUUCUUUCUUUUAUGACCUACUUCUUUCCUUUUUGUUCUUUUUUUGUUCUUUUUCUUUCUUUUUGUGUUUGUUUUUGUUUUUGUUUUUGUUUUGUUUUGUUUUUGUGCUUUUGAUGAAGUAGAAAUUUGAAUGAAAGAAAGAAAAAGUUUUGAAGUAAAUGAAAGUCAAUGUAGUUUUUCCUCAUGAUGAUCUUUUUUAUCAAGUGUUUUUUUUCUUUCUUACAAAGAUAAAAGAUACAACAUGAUCAUGAUGAAGAAUCUUUUUUUUCGUUUGUUAUCUUUUGUUCUUUUUUUUUGGUUUUUUGCUUGAUGACUUUUUUGUGUUUGAUAACUUUUUUUGUUUGAUGACUUUUUUUGUUUGAUAACUUUCUUGGCUGAUAACUUUUUUUGGCUGAUAACUUUUUUGCGUUUGAUAACUUUUUUGUGUUUGAUAACUUUUUUGUUUUGUUUUGUUUUGUGAUUGUGAAUUUGUUGUGAUUUUCCCUUACUCUGUCUUUUUGAUUGAGUAGAUUUUAAAUUCAAUUUUAUUAGCUUUAUUAGCUUUAUCAGUUUC